GAUUAAUCGCUGCUUACACCUUCGCGCGACAGGGGCGUUGCGAGCGCUCGUUUUUAUCCGCCUUUUACAUUUCCCACGCCGCGCCCACCCAAGGCGCGGGGCGCGGAUAGCCGUGGCUGGUGGAAGACCGAAGAGCGCGGCGGCGUCAAGUAUCGCGUCAGUGACGCGGCGUCGUUGCGCGUCGCUCUCUCGGCGAGAGUUUAUCGCGCGGGGAUCGUUUCGCCGAGCCACAGUCCACAACUCCAGGCAGGACGCACCGUGCCGCAAAGUAGUUGUCAAAAUGGCGGCGUGCGAGGGUUCCGCGAGCGUGAAUCCGAAUUGCGAGGUGGUGCGCGGGCAAACGUUCGAGGUCGGGCCGCGCUACACGAAUCUGUCAUACAUGGGCGAGGGCGCCUACGGCAUGGUCGUAUCUGCCUACGACAACCUCACCAAAACGAAAGUAGCCAUAAAAAAAAUAUCGCCUUUCGAACAUCAAACGUAUAGUCAGAGAACCUUAAGAGAAAUAAAAAUUCUCACAAGGUUUAAGCACGAGAACAUAAUAGAUAUAAGGGAUAUAUUAAGAGCGCCGACUAUGGAGCAAAUGAAAGACGUAUAUAUCGUUCAAUGUCUGAUGGAAACUGAUCUCUAUAAAUUACUAAAGACACAAGCUAUUAGUAACGACCACACAUGUUAUUUUCUGUACCAAAUAUUGCGGGGGUUGAAGUAUAUACACUCGGCGAACGUGUUACAUAGAGAUCUGAAGCCGAGUAAUCUGCUGUUGAAUACCACCUGUGACCUUAAGAUCUGCGAUUUCGGUCUAGCGAGAGUCGCGGAUCCGGAGCACAAUCACGCGGGUUUCCUCACGGAAUAUGUGGCCACGAGGUGGUACAGAGCUCCGGAAAUCAUGCUUAAUUCCAAGGGUUAUACCAAAUCCAUAGACAUUUGGUCGGUAGGCUGCAUUCUGGCGGAGAUGCUCUCGAGACGAGCAAUAUUCCCCGGCAAACACUAUCUAGAUCAGUUGAAUCACAUUCUCGGUGUUCUCGGAUCGCCCUCGCCGGAGGAUCUCGAGUGCAUCAUAAAUGAGAAAGCACGGAAUUAUCUCCAAUCGUUGCCAUAUAAACCAAAGGUACCGUGGACGAGUCUUUUCCCCAAUGCCGAUCCAAGAGCCUUGGACCUCCUAGACAAAAUGUUGACGUUCAAUCCUAAUAAGCGUAUCGUGGUGGAAGAUGCGUUGACGCAUCCCUAUUUGGAGCAAUAUUAUGACCCUACCGAUGAGCCUGUGGCAGAAGAACCGUUUAAGUUUGACAUGGAGUUGGAUGAUCUUCCAAAAGAAAUAUUAAAACAAUAUAUUUUUGAGGAAACUCUAUUGUUCCAAAAAAAUCAUCAAGAGAACGCUAUGUAGUCGACUGGCAUGCUGUUGCCAGAAUCGCAAUAGCGGAUACGCGUUAUGAACUGAAAAAAGAAUAGAAUGGCACAGAAAA